CCAGCUUCUGUAGCUGUCUGAUCUUCUGUAAAGGCGAAGAAGAAAAAGCAGCAGAAAGCGGAGGAGGAAGAAGAGGAGGAAAUUCGCACGCUGUGUCCGCAGCCUUCCCGGCCUGUGGAGCAUCUGCCCCGCCUCAUCCCGCAGAGGUUUUCAUGGACACAAGAUACCUGGUGACUUCUAGAGAUGGACUUGAUCAGGAGGAACCUCCAACUCAGCACACUCACACAGUGUUUUCCUCCCAAAACCAGGAUUUGUCAUUCCUAAGGCUUGGCUGAAUGAAGGAGGAGGCUGCAAGGAAGAGGAAGAUGCUCCAGGACAGCCAAGCAGGCUAUGAGCUGAAGACAGAGAUCAAGGAGGAGAAAUCCCCCUGGCAGAACAUUGCGGAAGAGGCCAUUUUGAGCACCUUCACAGCACAGGAAGCCAAUGGGGAAGAGAAGCCCCAGAGAUCCCACACCAGGAGGGGCUGCAAACCCAGCCCAGGGUGCUCCAAGGAGGACAGAGACCCCCUGUGCCAGGAAGGCGGCCAGAGCUCAGAGCUGGUGAAGAAGACUCAGGUGGGGGACAAGUCCCACAAAUGCUUGGAAUGUGGGAAGAGCUUCAGCCGGAGCUUCCACCUCCUCCGCCACCAGAUGAUUCACACAGGGGAACGCCCCUAUGAAUGCCUGGAAUGUGGGAAGAGCUUCAGCCGGAGCUCCUGUUUGAUCCGCCAUCAGGUAAUUCACACAGGGGAACGGCCCUACCAGUGCAAGGAAUGUGGGAAAAGCUUCAAUGACCGCUCCAACCUCCUCACCCACCAGCGCCUGCACUCCAGGGAACGGCCCUUUGAGUGUGGGGAGUGUGGGAAGAGCUUCAGCAUCAGCUCUGACCUGAUCCAGCACCAGAAGGUCCACAGUGGAGAACGGCCCUAUGAGUGUUCCGAGUGUGGGAAGAGAUUUCGGACCAGCUCCCAUCUCCUCCUGCAUCAGCGGAUUCACACGGAUGAGCGGCCCUUCCGCUGCCCCGACUGCAGGAAGGGCUUCAAACGUAACUCCCACCUCACCCUGCACCGGCGCAUCCACACCAGGGAGAGGCCCUACGAGUGUCCUGAGUGUGGGAAGAGCUUCUCCAGCAGCUCUGGCUUGACCCAACACCAACAGUCCCACUUGUAAGGGAAGCCCUGCUGUGGAGGCCCAGGGGCCCACAACUGGAGCUGUAAUACCUCAGUCCUGGAAGGUCAAAGGUGACAAGGAUCAAAGAGAGAGUCCUGUAAAAUAAAAAUGAAGCCACGGGGCUAGCUUCUUAGCCGGCCCUGCGCCUGCUACAGACUCCCUCUGAAUACAGUGGUCUCACCCAUGGGCAUUUCCAGGCUCAUGUUAAUGCUACAGGCUUUAUUGGUAUCACCCAGUUUAACUGCCCUUUUUUCCUUAUAGGUACUCCCCCUAGAAUGUUCUCCCCUCUCUUGUCCCCUAUUGGUCCCGGUUUACUGUGAUGCUCUGCCCCUGUUACUUCAUUGGUUCCUCAGUUGGCUGCCCCUGCUCUGCAACACUUGUGCUCAGUUCCCAUUGGCCUCGGAUCUGCCUCUUUUUCCCCCCCAUAUAAAACUCUGUCCUCAGCUGUCUGUCCCUGGACCCUCUUCAUCACAAUAAACCAGGUUUGGAGGUCCACACAAA